GCUGACAAUGCAAGAGCAAGAAAAGCAUAAAACAAAAAGCAUUUUUUUUCCUGUAAAUUAAAAUCGAUGUAGCAAAAUUAUAAUUGUUUGCAAAAUGUUGAAUUUACCAAUGGAUUUGAAGUUUGAUGAACUGAUGACCAAAAUAAAAACUGAGUUUCCAAUGCAACUCUCCCAUCUUCAACUACUUGGUCUUCUUGCUGCUUUAGUUGCAGGCUUCUUCACCAUUGCUAUUUAUGUUCUUCACUCCAGAAAACCUAAAGGGUGCUUGGAGCCUGAGAAAUUCAAGGAAUUCAAACUUGUUAAGAAAACUCAGCUUAGCCAUAAUGCUUCCAAGUUCAGAUUUGCUCUUCCUAAACCUACAUCAGUAUUUGGCUUACCUCUAGGACAACACAUUGUUUGCAGAGGAAAGGACAGUGAAGGUAACCAAGUCAUAAGACCAUAUACUCCAAUAACUUUGGAUUCUGAUCUUGGUUUCUUUGAACUAGUUGUAAAGAUGUAUCCAAAGGGAAGGAUGUCUCAUCAUUUUAGAGAAAUGAAGGAAGGAGAUUGUCUUGCAGUGAAGGGACCAAAGGGGCGUUUUAAAUAUAAUGUUGGGCAAGCUAGAGCAUUUGGGAUGAUUGCUGGAGGCUCUGGCAUUACUCCAAUGUUUCAGCUCACCCGAGGCAUAUUAGAGAAUCCUAAAGAUAAAACCAAUGUGAAUCUCAUCUAUGCUAAUGUCACUGUUAAUGACAUUCUUUUGAAGGAAGAACUAGAUAGCUUUGCAGUGAAAUUUCCCAGCCGUUUCAAAGUGUAUUAUGUCCUAAGUCAGCCUCCUGAAGCAUGGGAUGGUGGGAUUGGGCAUGUUUCCAAGGAAAUGAUUCAAACACACUGUCCUGCACCAGCCUCAGAUAUUCAGAUCCUGAGAUGUGGACCUCCAGGCAUGAACAAGGCUAUGGCAGCUCAUCUGGAAGCUCUUGGAUAUGACUCAAAGAUGCAAUUUGAGUUCUGAUACUUGCUGUCACUCCGUCUAAAAAUGUAAUAUAUGUGUUGGUUUGUUAAUCCAGGUGACUGAACUCAGGAAGAAAUCACUGUAAAUAAUUUCACCACUGCAUAUUACUCGAGAAA